AUGGAUAAUAUCUUGCUGGCUCAGGAGCUAGUGAUGGAGUUGGAUAGGAAACUAGCCCACCCGAAUUUGGUGCUCAAGCUCGAUAUGGAGAAAGCGUAUAACAGAGUGGAAUGGCCUUUCCUUCUUUUUAUGCUUAGGAGUUUUGGAUCUUCAGAGGGGGAUCCUUUGUCGCCUGUGCUCUUUUUGUUUGUAGCAGAGUUCCUAGGGCGGGGUCUCCAACAGCUUGGACUUUACCAUAAGGACAGAAGGUUUGUGUCUGCUGGUGCCACGGUUCCCUACCUGGCUUUUACUGAUGACACAAUCAUCUUCACUUGGUGCUCGGAACCGUCCCUGAUAGUACUGCAUGAGUUUCUCCUUCUCUAUCAAAAACAUUCCGGGCAGAAGGCAAUUUGCCAUCCCAAAACCGUGGUGACGGCCCUAGGCAGGAUCUGCAACUCAUUUCUCUGGGAUUCAAAUGUUGAUUCAAAGAGGAUGCACUGGGCGACGUGGGAGAAGUUAUGUUUUCCUGUUCAAGAAGGGGGUCUGGGGUUUCGCUCUUUUUUUGAGUCGGCAAAGGCCUUCGCCUGCAAGUCGUGGUGGCAGUUACGCAGAAAUGAUUCGAUAUGGGCUGGGUAUAUGCACACGCUAGUGGUGGGGGUCACCAAUCCCCCUCAUGCCCUGGUGGCAGAGUUCUACACAGCUCAUGGCUGGAAUGUUCCUCGGCUCAAGGAGUGGGUGCCAAACUUUGUGGUGCAGCGGAUCACUAGCAUUCCUUUCUUCCUUGAACAGGAUGAUGCCAUGGUUUGGGUACCAUCACACAACGGUGAUUUCUCUGUGGCUUUCGCAUGGGAGGAUAUCCGUCAAAGACGUCAUACAUCGUGGAUUGAUCGCUAUGUAUGGGGGCCGAUCGUGCCCUUACGAGUUUCCUUUUUUGCAUGGCGUCUAGUGCGCCAUUGGAUCCCUCUUGACAGUGUGCGUAGAGUAAGGGGGUUACAUUAUGUUCCAGGUGUAGUUGUUGCCGCCGGGCUCAUGAGACUGUCAUUCACUUGUUCCUGCACUGCAUUGUGGACCUUCUUUGCAGGGGAUCGGGACUGUCCAUGGGCAAGGUUUGGAGGCCCCUUUAGGCGGGAUAAAGAUGUUGCCCCCGUUGCUUGGAAAAAGUCACCACCGGGGUGGCUCAAGCUUAACACUGAUGCCAGUGUCCUACACGGCAGGGCAUCUGGGGGAGGGGUCCUGCGUGACCACUGUGGGAAGGUGUGUUUCGCCUAUUAUAAGGAGUUCGGAGAGUUAGAUAUGUUGGAAGCGGAGACGCAAUCACUCCUGCAUGGUCUCCAGUUAUGUGCAGAUCGCGAGGUGAGGGCGUUGACGGUAGAGUCAGACUCAAAGGCGCUUGUUCAACUAGUUUGCUCGGAUAUGGGGUCCAAGUGA